UUCACUCAAACCAUGGCCACUUCACAAACCCUUCUGACUACUGGAAUAUUUAUUUCAUUUUUCUUUAAUGGAUGUUGCUCUGUUAUUCCUGUGGAGGAGGAAAAACCCAACUUUUGGAAUGUAAAGGGAAAAUCUGCUCUUCACGAGUCUCUUUCAAUGAAGCCCAACAUCCGUCGUGCUCAAAAUCUCAUCCUUUUUCUUGGAGAUGGUAUGGGAAUCAGCACUGUGACUGCAGCGAGACAACUGAAGGGCCAAAUGAAUGGAAAAACAGGAGAGGAGAGCUCUCUGGUCAUGGACACAUUUCCUUACCUUGCUCUGUCAAAGACCUACAACGUUGACCAGCAGAUGCCAGACAGUGCAGCGACAGCCACAGCGUAUCUGUGUGGUGUGAAGGCGAAUUACGGUACUUUGGGCCUCAGUGCGGCCGCACGCCGUAAAGACUGCAGCACCACUCUAGGCAACGAGGUCAAAUCGGUUCUUCAUCGCGCAAGAAAAGCAGGUAAAUCUGUUGGUAUUGUAACCACAACACGUGUCCAGCACGCAUCGCCUGCUGCCUCUUACUCCCACUCCGCUGACAGAGAUUGGUACAGUGAUAAAGAGCUGCCAGAGGAAGCGGCCGCAGGAGGAUGCAAGGACAUCGCGUAUCAGCUCAUCACUAAUACGGAUAUACAUGUUAUUUUAGGAGGUGGAAGGCAGUACAUGUUCCCCAAGGAAACUUUUGAUCCUGAAUACCCCUCGGAUACAGGGAGCCGACGGGACAAAGCAAAUCUUGUUGACGAGUGGCUGAAAAACAGAAAAAAUGCGAAGUAUGUUUGGAACAAGGCAGAGUUUGAUGCUGUCAACGAGGAGAAAACUGAUUACUUGAUGGGGCUGUUUGAGCCAAAGGACACCAGGUACGAGAUGGACCGCAAUCCCAACACGGAUCCAUCAUUGACAGAGAUGACGGAAAAAGCCAUUAAGAUUCUAAGCAAAAACCCAAAUGGAUUCUACCUCUUUGUGGAAGAUGAUGGGAGAAUAGAUCAUGGUCAUCAUGCAGGGAGGGCCAUAUAUGCUUUGACUGAGGCUGUGGAAUUUGACAGAGCCAUUGAACGGGCAGCUGAGCUGACCAGUGAACUCGACACAAUGACUGUGGUCACUGCAGAUCAUUCACAUGUCUUCUCAUUUGGUGGCUACUCUUACCGGGGCAAUCCAGUGCUAGGUACGUCCUAUUCUAAAGCUGAGGAUGGUAAACGUUUUACUAAUGCACUUUAUGCCAAUGGUCCAGGAUACCAGACUUUGAAUGGAGUUCGUCCUGACGUGAAUGAGACAAUCUCAAGCAGUAAGGAUUACCGUCAGCAGGCCGCGGUGCCUCUUGAUUCAGAAACUCAUGGAUCCGAGGAUGUUGCUAUUUUUGCCAAAGGUCCAAUGGCCCACCUUUUUCAUGGUGUACAAGAGCAAAGUUACAUAGCUCAUGCCAUGGCAUACGCAGCCUGCCUUGAACCUUAUACUGACUGCCAGCUAGAUAAUUAUGCAGUUUGUACCCAGGCCAGCAUCUUGAUUCUGGUGUUGGGUGUGCUGUCCUCACUCACAGCUCUGAUAUGAUGUCAAUAAAGCAUUUAUUAGAGCAUUCUUGCACAACACAUUACUUGCUAUUCCCUUUAGCAUUAAGAUGUAACAUGUAGAUGUAUGAAACAGGAUGAUGUUUUCUACACUAUGUAUUUUAUGUUUGGCUGAAAUAUCAUAUAAAAUCCUCUGUGAGGACAUUACAAUAAUUUUAGAAGUUUCAGCACACAAUUGAUAGAGCCUUUUAUGUAAUUAAGAUCUAAUGUUGUCUUCAUUGUUUGUAAUAGUUAAAUGUGAAUGUAAAUGAGUAAUUCAUUUGUGAAAUUUGAUUUAUUAAACAAUACAAUUUUUUAAUGUCUGUUUUACAUAAUUCCUAUGACUCAUGAAAGCAUAUAUCCUGAAAUGUGAAAAUAAUUAAGAAGAUACCAUGAUAAAACAAACUCUCUUCAGUUUAGUCCAUGUACUACAACUUCUUAAUA